CGACUGAACACGUAGAAUCGACAACCAUCUCCUGAUUCCACAAUCAUCCAUAUGCACUGUAUAGUUCCAAUAAUAACUGCCCACCUCACCAAUACAAUUUCAACAAACCACGUGAGAAUCGCGUGACACUUCCUUGUAUAAACGUGUCAUGCAAAUAUUGGUCACCUAAGAUUUCGGCCUUCCUAGCUGAAAGUAGUGCUACCACCAAAUUGGUCGCUGUGCUCACUGGUCAUUGCUAUUUGCUGCUGCAGUAGUUAACCUGAAAAUUCUUGCACCCACUCCCUCUCUCUCCCUCUGAGGGGAAAAAAAGAAAGAAAGAGAACUUCCCACUUUCACUCGCAUAAACUUCAUUGAAACCACUCACCAACUCUUCGAUCCAUUCUAAUAAAACACUAUUUCUGUACAAGUAUAGCCGCAGAUAAAUAUACUGUACUUCUUGAUUUAAAAGAGAACUGAGAAGCAAAAGACUAACUUCAACCAUGGCUGGGGACGACAUUGAAAGAGGAGAUGGAGUGAAAGGCUACCAAACAUCAUCUUCCUCUUACUUGAUAGAGUAUAAAGAGACCCAAUGGACCUCUUGGCUGGUGCCUAUGUUUGUGGUGGCGAAUGUUUCUGUGUUUAUUAUUGUUAUGUAUAUGAACAAUUGCCCUGAUCAUUUCCAUCCAAGGUUUGAAGGGAAGUGUGUCGCUAGGUUUCUUGGGAGGUUCUCUUUUGAGCCCUUGAGGGACAAUCCUCUGUUUGGUCCAUCUUCUGCUACAUUGACGAAGAUGGGAGCACUUCAGUGGGAAAAAGUUGUACAUGGGCACCAGGGGUGGAGACUUGUCACCUGUAUCUGGUUGCAUGCGGGUAUUAUUCAUCUUCUUGCAAACAUGCUUUGCUUGGUUUUCAUUGGCGUCCGCCUUGAGCAGCAAUUUGGGUUCGUUCGCAUUGGUAUUAUUUAUCUGGUGUCUGGUUUUGCUGGAAGUGUGCUUUCAUCGCUAUUUAUUAGAAACAGCAUCUCUGUUGGUGCCUCUGGCGCCCUUUUUGGGCUUCUUGGAGCAAUGCUUUCAGAGCUAAUUACAAACUGGACACUUUAUACUAACAAGGCUGCUGCAUUGCUGACACUUUUGGUCAUCAUAGCCAUUAACCUUGCAAUUGGGAUUCUACCACAUGUUGAUAACUUCGCCCACAUUGGCGGAUUUCUAUCGGGGUUUCUCCUGGGCUUUAUAUUGCUGGCUCGUCCUCAAUUCGGGUGGUUAGAGAGUCAAAAUGUUCCUGCUAGUGUUGGUGUUAAAUCAAAGUACAAGGGCUACCAAUAUGUUUUAUGGUUGGUUGCACUGGCUCUCCUAAUUGUAGGAUUGGUUGUUGCAUUAGUGAUGCUGUUCCGGGGUGAGAAUGGGAACGACCGCUGCCAUUGGUGUCAUUACUUGAGCUGCGUCCCCACCUCUAGAUGGAAAUGUGAUGAAAACCAGCUCUAGUAGAGAAUUAAAUCUCUGCUUCAUUAGUUACCAGAUGUAAAUGCCCAGAAAUAGCUUAGAGACGACUACUGUAUUGCUUGUCUGUCUGGUUUAAACCAGAGUAUCUGCCCUUGGAUUGAUUGGUCAUUCAAUAUUGUUUCUUAUUUGUACAUUGACAUGUAGCUACGUCACCCUUCUGAUUCCUGAAUAAAGAUAUAUAAUUGGGUAA